AUGGAAGAGAAUCGUGGACAGGAUGAAGAUGUUCCGUUCACUCAGAAAAUCUUCCGCGUUUUGCGUAAUAUACCUUUUCCUCGCCGUCUGUCUCAGAGAAUCCAGUGGCACCUUCUGUGGCUGGUAGUAGUCGCGUAUGUCAUCUUCGCGCUCGUUCAGAUAACUCGGUAUCGAGCUGACCAUGACAUUCAGUCGGUGCAGUGCGGACCUCACAGACCAGAGCUGAGUGUAGACCUCACCUCCAGCGAGGUCAGGGAGGACGGGGUCAGGAUCUAUAGGGGUAUCGAGUACCCUCCCAAAGCGGUCUGGCAGAACAGCAGACACAUCAGGGGGUGCCCCUGCCUCGUCAAGACUUGCAUAAGGAUGUGCGAUGAUGACCAAGAAUUCAUAGGUAUGGCCCCAAAUGGAACCUACCAAUUAUUGACCAUGUGGGAACCUGGAGAAAUAAUCGAAAACAUGCAUGUGGAAUUUGUUAACCCUAUGGAUAUAUACGUGAUCGAUGGUACUCCUGACUGCAAGGGACAACUAGGAGUGUUUGGUGCCGUGUACGAAGAGGCAGGAACUGUUUUGGCUGUGAUGGUCGAUGGAAGAGUGCUGACCCGAGAUUUGGAAUAUUUUGAUGUAAAUGACUACUGUUUGGCAAGUUCCGGUGAGGAUAUGAUAGCAAUCAGGUGUGUGGAGAUAACACCCCAGCAUGAACCAAAAGCGUGGGAAAAUGAGGUGCCAUUAGGAAGGCUCAAGUAUUUACUAAUUAUCUCCAUGAUCGCUAUGGUGGUCUCAUUAUCGAUCCACUUGUACCUCCCUCAGUUAAGAAACCUCCACGGUAAGCUGCUUGUGGGAUUUUUAACAUUUCUCUUUGUCAAUUACAUCCAGUUUCUAUUGAUCCACGACCGAUGGCCUAUGCAAUUAGAAUACGUAUGGCAGUACACAUACCUUGGCCACUUAUGUUGGAUAUCAACGAUAUGUUUUGAUGUAUGGACUAUAAUAUGUGGCCCAGUUCGACCUUACAACCAUAAACGAGAAAACGUUCUGCUCUUCCGGUACGGCUUGUUUGCCUGUGUGUGUCCAGCUGUGCUCUGCGGCCUCACCUGGGCGACCUCGGUUGUGCCUUACCGUGCAGACGCAUGUCCUCGCCCUAGGUUCCUCGACGACUCCUGCAGAUUCACCAAGGAGACAGUGACUCAAGUCUUCUACCACGUGCCCAUAGUCGUGUUUGCUGCGCUCAACCUGCUAUUGUACCUUUUCAUGGUCUACAGUUUGAAGAUACACCCCAAGCCACCCUGCACCUCACCCAUCGGACACGCUAGUCUUGUUGCAAAGCAAGGAUUCCAGAUGUACACUAAGGUGGCAAAAGUUAUGAUCCUCUGUGGAGUUUGUCUGCUCCUGAUGACCACGACCAGUGUCAUGGAUUGUUCACCUAUCCUUCGUCUUCUGGUAUCUCUGUACUUCAGCCAAGGCAUUUUGGUAUUCGCGGUGUUGUGCUGUAACGUUCGUACCUUCAAACUCUGGUUGCAGAAGAGGUUAGAGUCCAGCAUGACCAACCAGACUGAAAAUGAACAAGCUUUGGCCCAAACCCAUACUGGCCAUGCGGAAAGCUCUGUGUAGUUUGCACAGUAUUAAUUUAUUUUGAUGUUUUCAUUUAAAUCAACUCUUAAGAAAUCAUCCAGUUUUGUAGUGAUAAAAAUUGUUAGUUCAUAUUGAAUAAUUUGCAGAAUAUUACUGAGAACAUCUGUAUGUUAAUUCCAAUGUUGUUCCUUAAUGUGAAAAACGGUCGUGUAUAAUGUAUUGUCAAUACCUUUACCUAGUUGGAUGUAUCCCUUAUUUUUCAUUGUAAAUAAAAAUAAUUUGUAUAGUUACAAAUUACAGAAAAAGGAA